GUCCCCUUCACGGUGGAGGUCGCGUGGGACCAACAGAGGUCGCUCCUCGCGACCGCGCGGUAUUGAAAUGGUCCUGAAGGUACUGAUCCUCGCCAGCGCGGCGUCGAUAGGCGCUCUGGUGUUCUCCCGGCGCGGCAAGGGAGGCGGGAAGGCGCGAGGAUGGAGGAAGAGAUCGGACGCCCUCAACGCCUUCCAAGAGCUGCUCAGGCUGAAGGGGAACGCCAAGGGACCGCUCCGGGGUAUCAGAUUCUCUAUCCAGGAUGUCUUCGAUGUGCAGGGAAGGGUGACGAGCCUCGGCUCCCCGGCGUGGGCGGCCACGCACGCACCAGCGACGCGUGACGCCCCCGCGGUCGCGUCGCUCCGAGCGGCGGGAGCGGAUUGCAUCGGCGUGACGCGCAUGGACGAGCUCGGGUGCUCGAUCACGGGUUGCGACGCCGUGGACGGCGCCCCCAUCAACCCCGUGGCACGCGAUAAGAUCCCCGGCGGGUCAUCGUCCGGCGCAGCCGUCUCCGUCGCAGGCGCGCCCAAGGAGGUUGACAUGGCGCUGGCGGUGGAUUCCAGCGGCGGCGUCCGGGUCUCCGCCGCGCACUGCGGACUCUACGCCAUCAGGACCACGCACGGCACCGUGGCCCUCGAUGGUGCGUCAUCAACCACCGGGAGCCUCGCCGCGGCCGGGUGGAUGUCGAGGGACCCGGACGUGAUCGCGGCGACGGCGACGGCACUGAUCCCGUUGCCCAAGGAUCAAAUUAGCGUUUCCCGUGUCAUGGUGUUGGAGGACGCCAUCGACCUCUGCGACGACAUCGCGUCGUGCGGGGUGGCGACCGCGUGCAUGCUCCUGAAAGACGCGUUCAAGAACGGGGGGAUCUCGCGACUGAACCUGGGCAAGCACCUGCUGAUGGCGUGCCCGUCGCUGAGGGAGAUGCAGAACAAGGAUUGCGCGACGGGGCUGGAUGUGCUCAGGAACUGCCUUAGGCUCAUCGAGGGCGAGGAAGUUUGGAGCCAGAUUGGCGGAUGGUACUCCGCAGAAAAGCCCGAGACUGGGGCAAAGGCGAAGGAGUAUCUGCUUGGGGCGUCCAAGAUCGCGACGGACAGUCUGCGUGUGAUCAAGCAGGCGCGGGAAGAGGUGCGGGCGGCAGUGGAUCUGCUCCUGGACGGCGUCACGGUGUUUCUGUUGCCGACCACGCCGUGCGCGCCCCCUCCGAUGAAUGCGGGCGCUGAGGCCACCGCGACGUGGGAGAGAAAGGUGCUCCAGCUCACGUGUCUCUCUAGCCUUACGGGCACCCCGCAGUUGACCAUACCGCUGACCUACGAGCAGGCCGAGGGACCAUACGGUCUGUCCGUGGUGGCCGGGCGCAAGCAGGACUACAUGUGCAUAGAAUUUGCCCGCAUGUUCGGUGCCCAGCUGAGAGAGGCGUUCCCUGACGUGGUCCAGGCGGAGCUUACAAGGUUGAAGGACGAAGAGAACGGUGGGAAGGACGAUUCGGACGCGGUUCCGUCGAUGUGCGAGGAGCUGAAGGCGCAGGGCAACAAAGAGUUUAAAGCUGGUAACUUCAAUGAGGCGAUCGUGAAGUACACAGAGGCUCUGACUGCGCUUGGACCGCCGCCUAACAUGCGCCCCGAUCCGCACCGCGCCUGGAAAUCCGUGGUGCUGUCCAACAGAGCCAUGACGAACCUGAAACUUGGGGUGUACAACGACGCGGAGGACGAUUGCACCGCAGCGCUAAAGCUGAACGAGAAAAACGUUAAGGCGUACCUGAGGCGUGGCGCAGCGAGAUCGGUGUCGGGGAACUAUCUCGAGGCCAUUGACGACUUCG